UCUGUCAGGUUUGACACGAGUGGUCAAGGUCCAGCUAUAGAUAAAGGAAUGAACACAAUCCUAGUUUGUCAGGAGAGCUACGCCUGUGGGGGCUCAGAUGAGGCUGCGUUUGAAUGUGAUGAAUGUGGCAGCUUGCAAUGUGCACGCUGUGAACUGGAGCUCCAUCGCCAGGAGCGAAUGAGGAAUCAUGAUCGGGUUCGGAUUGCACCAGGACACGUUCCUUUCUGUGACUCCUGUAAAGGCGACAGCAGCUGCUCUGUCAAUGGCGGACGGCUCAGAGCUGUGGUGCGCUGCCAGGGUUGUAAGAUCAACUUGUGUUUGGACUGCCAGAAACGCACCCACAGUGGAGUCAACAAGAGGAAGCACCCUCUGACACCUUAUCCUCCAGCCAAAGUUCCCCAGGAAAACAGCGUGACUGCUGGGGAGUCAGAGAUGGAGAUCCUGAAGGCCAAGCUGGAGAAGGUGUGCAGCUUCCUCUUGGUGGACGAGAAGGAGGAGAUGCAGGUGAAGGAUGAGGAGGAGUUUGUCAGACGACUGGGUUGCAGGCCAGAUGAGCUCCUCAAGGUGGUCUCCAUCUUCGGGAACACUGGGGAGGGCAAGUCCCACACCCUGAACCACACAUUUUUCCUUGGGAGAGAAGUGUUCAAGACCUCGCCCACCCAGGAGUCCUGCACUGUGGGUGUUUGGGCAGCUAUGGACCCUGUGCACUGGGUGGUGGUCAUCGACACAGAGGGACUACUUGGGGCUGGAGCCAAUCAGGGUCAGCGAACCCGGCUGCUUCUCAAGGUCCUGGCUAUUUCUGAUGUGGUCAUCUACAGAACCCAUGCUGACCGUCUCCAUGACGACCUAUUCAAGUUCCUUGGCGAUGCGUCGGAUGCUUACUUAAAACAUUUCACUAGGGAGUUGAAGGCAACUACCAGCCGCUGUGGCCUGGACGUCCCGUUGUCCACUCUGGGCCCUGCGGUGAUCAUCUUCCAUGAGACCGUCCACACCAAGCUACUAGGAUCAGACAAGCCAUCUGAAUCAGCUGAGCGUCUGCUUCAGGAGCGUUUCAGGAAGCUGGGUCUGUUUCCAGAAGCAUUCAGCUCCAUCCAGUACCGAGGAACUCGGACCUACAACCCUCCCACAGACUUCAGCGGCCUGCUGCGCAGUUUGGAGCAACAGCUGGAUAACAACACCACCCGCUCACCACGUUCUGCCAGUGUCAUCUACAAGGCCCUGCAGGCCUUGAGUGAGCGCUUCAGUGGAGAGAUUCCAGAUGAGCACAUGACCAGUAACUCCUUCUUUCCAGAUGAGUACUUCACCUGCUCUAGCAUCUGCCUCAGCUGUGGUUCAGGCUGUAAGAGAAGCAUGAAUCACUUAAAGGAGGGUCUCGACCACGAAGCCAAACAUCGCUGCCGCUACUCUGCACAGUACGACAAUCGCAUCUACACGUGCAAGGCAUGCUACGAGCGAGGGAAGGAGGUAAUAGUGGUUCCCAAAACGACGGCCUCGUCUGACUCACCAUGGUUUGGCCUGGCCAUCUACGCCUGGUCUGGGUACGUAAUUGAAUGCCCCAACUGUGCAGUGAUCUAUAGAAGCAGGCAGUACUGGUAUGGAAACCAAGACCCAGUGGAAACAGUGGUCAGAACAGAAAUCCAGCACAUCUGGCCUGGGUCUGACGGCUUUUUGAAAGACAACAACAACGCUGCUCAGAGGUUGCUGGAUGGAGUGAAAUACAUUUCUCAGUCAGUGUCUGAACUCAGCGUCAAGCCUGCCAAAGCAGUCACCUCUUGGCUUACUGACCAGAUUGCUCCCGCCUACUGGAAACCCAACUCCCUUAUCCUGAAAUGCCAUAAAUGUGAAGAAGAGUUCCAGCCCAACGACACCAAGCACCACUGCCGUGCCUGCGGAGAGGGUUUCUGUGACGCCUGCUCCUCCAAAACCCGCCCAGUACCGGAGAGGGGCUGGGGUCUUGCACCUGUGCGAGUCUGCGAUGCAUGUUUUCACAACAGGGGAAUCCCAACAGAGUUGCUGGAUGCUGCCUUGGAAGAGGAAGGAGGGACACUGAUAGCCAGGAAGGUCGGGGAGGCUGUUCAGAACACUUUAGGAGCUGUAGUCGGUGCUAUCGACAUACCUCUCGGCUUGGUGAAGGAUGCAGCUCGCCCGGCCUACUGGGUCCCAGAUCAGGACAUCCACUCCUGCUGCGACUGCCAGAGGGAGUUCACCCCACGUCUCUCCAUCCACCACUGCCGUGCCUGUGGCCAGGGGGUGUGUGACGACUGUUCUCAGGAGCGACGCUCAGUGCCCUCCCGUGGCUGGGAUCAUCCCGUGAGGGUCUGCAACGGCUGCAGCCAGAAACCUGGGGAGCUCUAGCAGGACCAGGAGCGGGACUCAAGAGUGGAAACGGUUAAGGACGCCAACUUCUACAAAAACUGGAAUUUUGACUCUAGCUGAAAGACUUCAAAUCCUUGUUUUUUUUUAGUGGCUUUUCUUGGCUGCCACCUGACAGUCGGUGACAGGUUGGACUCUGUUUCUUGUUUUUUUGUUUUUAAACGCGGCCCUCAGAUCGACUUCAGUCGAUGCUAUUUCACUUUAAUAUGCCUAUAUUUUACACUGUGAAGAAUACCAGUCAGAGUGAGACUUGAAUAUCAAGAAGACAGAUGAGGUGAAACAACUUGAGAUGAUGAAAGUGAGUAUUGUACAGUAAAUGCUUGCUUACAGUUGAGUUCAGGUGAAUUUCCGUGUGCCCCUUUAGACCCUUUCAAAUUUGUACUGAUGCACAUGAAACCCUUACCCCUUUGACAAUCCCUCCCAGUGUGACACACUAGAACUAUUAGCACCUUUUUUUUAGUCUGGGGCUACAUGUGUAAACCGUUUAAUAAUAAUAGUACUAACUGAUUCCAGGUAAGCACUUUUAGUCUAUGAUUGUUUCUGCAGGAGCCCUGGAUAUAACUUUCAGGACUGGUUUUAGAGGAAAUGAUGGGAAAACCUGAAAAAUGAUCCACCACAAUAAAUUCAGAUCCACGUUUGACUGGAUGUACUGUAAUUUUCCUCUGCUCCAGCCCUACUAGCUUUAGCUUUCCUGCCACUCUUUGGCUUCAGGAGAAUUACAACAAUCAGAAGCCACUGAUGUACUGUAGCACCGAGAUGCAUUCCAACUUAUAUAAUUACUCAGUAAUAACGACUUAACAUAAUCCCAUGAUCCUUUGUGGUUGUCUGUGCAUUUGAAUGGGUGGAUGAUAAUAGAACAGCCUUAAUAAUGCUGUCCACAUUGACUGUUUAAAUUGUUACAUAGAAUAUACAUAUAUGGAGAAAAAAAUGUUUACUUUAACAGGGAAAUUUCUAAAUGGCCUUGUUUUGUUUUUAAAAUGUCAAAACUACUAUCUGUUAACAAGACAAAUCUGACUGCAGUGGGAUAAAAUGCAACAGAAACUGCUUCUAUAGAGUGGCUGGCUCACAGUAGCAAUAUGGUAGAGAGAAGACUUCAACCCAUUGUUUUUGAGGCUGGCCCCUCAAAACAGGAGAGAAUUAGAAGAGUAAAUCUUUUACUCUGUCAACUCAGGCUGUGUAGCUGGUUAGAGAGGAGCUUUUAAUGAGCUGCAGCGUCAAGUGAGCUGCGGCUGAGAUCAUAUCGGACAGUUGUCUUAUAAAUGCAACAAAUGAUGCUGUCACACGUAGGCUUUGUUAGGUGUGACUGUAUCGCUAGUUAACCUGGGAUAUUUUUCAGUAACUGACUGGGAGAGUUGGUUUGAUUAUGAUGUCAACAAAUAAGCUUGAAAGAACAGACUUUGACCUGAAAGAAUGAACUGUCUCAUCCUCUCAGAGAGAGAUGAUCAAUGACUACAGAUAUCACAUGGAACAAAUCAAUACCUUUAUGUUCAUGUAUGCUCAUACAGUAUGUAUU